UUAAAAACUUUUGCACCCCCAACCACAGGAGAGAAGGAGAAACGUGAACUUAGUUUCUAAUCCGAAAUGAUUGCCCGAGAUGAUAAUAUCAGUCGAGAAUGUAGCCAAAUAUUUGGACAUGACUAAACAGAGUGAUACGAAAUUAAUCACGAUUGACCAACGCGAUGACGUAAAGUUAUAAAAUAGAAAGGAAGAAAAAAAAUUGUCAGUUCACUCGCGCGAUUCGCCCGGCGAGAUCAGACUUCGAAAAUCGCCCGAUUGCUGGAUCUUCGCAUUGUUUCAUGCGUGCGUCGCGCUGUUUCUUGUACUCGUUUGUGGUGUAGCGACUAAUGGCGAUGUACUGCACGAAAAUACAACCUCAUCAGGACAUUCAACGCAUUGUGUCGCGCUUAUACCGACAGUUCGUACGCUAUUCGUUCUCUAAUUUAAGCAUCUCGCAAGAGUAGAGAGCGAAACUUUUCUCCGCACAACAGAUUCUUUCGCGAAAAUCCAGCUCGCCGCAAACACGAUGCCGGCGAUAAGAAGAGCAAUGUGCUUAGUAUGACCAACAGCCAGUAUUUGGAUUACAUAUACAAGGCAUGGCUGAAAGAUCCAAGAUCCGUGAGCUUCUCAUGGGACUCGUAUUUCAAGUUGGUCCACGCUGACAACACCAAGGACCUCCGCCAAGCCAAACUUGGUUCGAUCCGCGUCAAUUUGUCCUCUAAUCCGAUCCCGUCAAAUUUGAAGAAAGGGCAAUCGCACAGGUCGCUGUUUCCGAAAGAACCCGUUCGAUCUAAGUCGGACAGUCCAAUGCAGGGAGAUCAAUACAUAAACGGCGCACUCGAUAUCAAUGCUACGAUUCGAGCUUAUCAAGCACGCGGCCAUUUGAUAGCCGAUACCGAUCCGUUGGGCAUUCAGAAUCCGGAGUCGGCGAAGCUGCAAGGUACCCCAGAUCUACCACCCGCCAUUGUAGUGCGACAGCAUCUCAAGGGUAUGACGGAAGCGGAUAUGAACCGGGAAUUCCCGCUCGCGUCCUUCACAGUGAUCGGCGGCAAGAAGAGGAGCCUGCCUUUACGGGAAAUACUGACGAGACUGAACAAAGUCUACUGCGGCCAUCUCGGUCUUGAGUACACGUACAUUCACGACCUGAACGUGCUAGAUUGGCUGAGGGAUAAGUUUGAAGUACCGGGCGUCUGGGAAUUACCGGCGGAAUAUCGGAAGUGGAUCUGGAUGAAUAUCAUGAGGGCUGUGAGUUUUGAGAAUUUCCUCGCGAGGAAGUACGGCACGGAAAAGAGAUUCGGACUAGAAGGUUGCGAAUCGUUCAUACCGGCCAUUGCGGAAUGCAUGGAGACAUCCGCGGAAAAUGGGGUGGAAUCUAUAGUUAUCGGCAUGGCACAUCGUGGUCGUUUGAAUACCUUGGUGAACAUAUGCUCGAAACCGUUGGCUCAAUUGUUAACUCAGUUCAAUCCGAUUGCCUUAGAAGGAUUCGGUUCUGGUGACGUGAAGUAUCAUCUCGGCACGCACUCGGAAAAGCUCUUGGAAAGAAGUAAGAAAAAAAUGCUUCUCGCCGUAAUGGCGAAUUCUUCUCAUUUAGAAGCGAUCGAUCCGGUCAUAGUCGGCCGUGUUCGCGCUGAACAAGUCGAAAAGGGUGAUUCCAAGUAUGGCAAAAAGUCAUUGGCGGUGUUGGUUCACGGUGACGCCGCCUUCGCCGGCCAAGGUGUUGUUUACGAAACGAUGCACCUCACGAAUCUACCGGAAUAUACGACGGGUGGCGUUUUACACAUCGUGAUUAAUAAUCAAAUUGGCUUCACGACCGACCCGAGGUAUUUACGAUCCAGUGCACAUUGCACGGAUGUGGCGCGUGUCGUUAACGCCCCUAUAUUCCAUGUGCACGCCGAUGAUCCCGAUUUGGUGACUUACUGCAGCAAAGUGGCCGGCGAGUACCGAGCCACCUUCCACAACGACGUAGUAGUGGACAUCGUUGGAUACCGAAGGAACGGCCACAACGAGAUGGACGAGCCGAUGAUCACUCAACCGCUUAUGUAUAAACGUAUAAAAAGCCAUCCAAGCGUUCUUUCGAUUUACAGUGAUAAGCUUAUCAAGGAAGACGUGAUAACGGAGGCUUUCGUCAAAGAGGAAAUAAGCAAGUAUUUGAGUCAUUGCGAUGAGGAGUUUAAAAAAGCUCAGACCAUCAGCUCCAUGCAAAUGAGCGACUGGCAUGAUGUACCCUGGACCGACUUCUUCUCGAGUCAGAGUCCGAAGAAUAAUGUACCGCCGACCGGUAUCGACACGGCGACCAUCAAAGCGAUAUGCAAGGCUAUAUCCACUCCUCCCAAAGAGAUCGAAGCGCACGUUCAAGUGUUGAGAGCGAUGGACAGGCGUGCGAAACUGAUGGAGGCCCGGCAGAUCGACUGGGCGAUGGCGGAGUGCAUGGCGUUUCUUAGCUUGUUGAAGGAAGGUCAUCACGUGAGAUUGUCCGGGCAGGACGUCGAGCGCGGUACUUUCACUCAAAGGAUACACAUCAUUCACGAUCAGAGCAGAGACAAGACCUAUAAGAAUAUCUUGCACGACGUUUUCCCGGGCCAGGCUCUCUACACCGUCACGAAUUCCUCGUUGUCGGAGUACGGUGUAUGCGGGUUCGAGUUGGGCUACUCGGCGUACAACCACAAUACUCUGACGAUCUGGGAAGCGCAGUUCGGCGACUUCGCCAAUACCUGUCAGGUCAUACUAGACUGCUUGCUGUGCUCCGGCCAGACGAAAUGGGGUAGGCAGGUAGGGCUGGUGUUGCUUCUGCCGCAUGGUCAUGAGGGUCAAGGUCCGGAGCACACGUCGGCCAGACUGGAGAGGUUUCUUCAGUUGUGCGACGACGAUUGCACUCGUCUGCCCGGCACGGAGCCCGGUGCUCCAGCCGACGAGACCGUCGAACAGAUCAUGACCAGGCAGCUGUUUGAGAUCAACUGGAUCGUCUGCAACCCCACGACGCCCGCCAACUUCUUCCAUCUCAUACGUCGGCAGAUGAAGAUGCCGUUCCGAAAACCGCUGGUCAUCAUGGGCCCCAAAUCAUUGCUGCGUCACGCAAUGGCGGUAUCGGAUUUUGAGGAUAUGGGACCAGGCACGAGCUUCAGGCACGUUCUACCGGAUCCUUACGUGCAGCCUAGCAAUGUGAAGAAAGUGUUGCUCUGCUCCGGGAAAGUAUAUUACGACGUAGUGAUCGAGAGAAAAGAGCAGCAAUUGGAAGAUAAGAUAGCGAUUAUCAGGAUCGAGCAGUUAUGCCCUUUCCCUUAUCACCUUUUGGCGGCGGAAGUCGCCAAGUAUCCGCGUGCAAAAAUCAUGUGGCUGCAAGAGGAUCAUAAAAACCAGGGCGCUUAUUACUACGUGAGAGACAGGAUAGCCUUAGCGUUGGGGAUCUCGCUGGAGGACGUGAAGUACGGAGGUCGACCUAGCUCGGCCUCGCCAGCAACCGGCAGCAAAAUUAUUUAUAAGAACGAGUACGAAAAUAUGAUCGCAACGGCGAUGAGUCUCGAUUGAUCUGGCGCGGUAAAUUCUAACAACACCGCCACGACCAGCUCGGUGAAAUUUCUUCAAGUAAAAUCGUUCAUAUUUUACUCAUGAUGAUUCAAAAAAAUGAAGGAUUGAUUGGACGGAUCGACAAUUCGGGGCGACUCAUUGUGCACGAGCGAGAAACCUCUCUCGAAUUCGAGCUUUGCUUUUCGAUCGGAGUCGCAUUCCAAGGAAUUUAGAGAGACGAAAGCGAUAGAAACGGGAGUUUCGUCGUUUGGAAAAAUAACGCGUGCGAUUGUAUCUCGCCCGGCUAAUUUCACGGUGAAUUUUCCCGUCGUGUAAACUCCAUGCACUCACCAACAGACACAAGUACUCGAUGCGUUCGCGAUCUGAACACGGCGUCACUCUUCUUCUCUUACGAAUCCACAUCGUACUUUUACUUUCUUUAUUUCCGCAUUUUUCCUUUUAUUCUCAUCGCGCUCACCACCAGAUUUCCCGAGCACACGGACGAGCAAGAACGCUCACUAUGCUCGCGCAUGAUACGGAACUAAAAGCUAAACGUCGAUUCAACCGGAAAGUGCUAACGAUCGUCCUUGCCUACACACGCAGGUGGAAUUUGCACCUCCGACAAAGGUCGCGAUUGUUAACCGGUCGCGGCUGCGACUGAACUUCCACAUCUCUCGCUCCUGGCCGAUUUCGCUUUAUAACGACGUCGUCUCACAUUGUUACACGAAUUCGAGACGUUUUCUUUCGAGGGUUCUCUUUCCACGAGGCUGGAGAGUCGUAAAAUGUAAUAACUAACCUGAUAAACUUGAUAAAGUAACUUGAUUAAAAUUUCACGAUGAACAAAUAUCUGGACGAUAGGAUGGCGUGUCGCUUAUCGAAAUGAGACUUUACGUUGUCCGAAGAAAUUUGCGCACACACACACACACACACACACACACACAAGGUUUUCUUACCAUUUUCUCGUUUUACAAUGAUAUUCGUGCGUGAUUUUACAACAACAAGGAAAGGGCACUUGUAUCGCCGCUUGGCCAGUCGUCCUCUUCUUUAUUUUCGUUCGAUUCUACACUACUCGGUGACGAAGAUAAACCGAAGAAUGCACACGUCACCGUAUAUUCAUCACGUUUUGAUUGUCACCAACUCGAUACCCUUUGCGUAAGACACAACGUCGCCGAGAGGGAUCUAGAAAGAAUGGAUCUUCUCCAGAAAUCGGAUUCUUACUUCUUUGUUAAUCCCGCUUCGGCAGUUCUCUGUCAGCGUUUAGUCCGCACUGCAAACUAGCUCGCGAGGCUCAUUGAAUAUUUAUUUGCAAUACUGAUAUUUACGCAAAUAUCAAUUCGCACGGCGAACGAUAACGAGCGGACCAAACGGGCCCGAUGUAAAACGCUUCUCCGAUGAAAACCCCAUGAAAACGAAUGCAACGCGCUGCUAUAUCUGAAAAAUGAGCCCGGGAAACGUUGUGCAGUGCCGAAUAUAUUUAUUCUUUGUCGAAACCGCGGCUUUUCCUUUGCUCGCAGUAUAUUUUUUCUUUAUCGCAUAUCGCUGGACUCUGAGAAAUUUUAUAUUUGGACAUCAUAUGAGUGUCCAAGGGUCGUCUUUGAGACGUCUAAAGUACAUUCCGAUUGCCUCGGACGCCUUUUAGACGCCUCUGAGACGUACUGAGACUUUAGGCACUCGCGCUGCUGCAGCAACGACCGAAGUUCGCGAGACUGGUUACUUAAUAACCUCGACUUGAACCUUAUCGGUGGUCUCCUCAAGUGCCGAAGCACUGUCUUUGCGCACGACACUUUUCGCUAGUCUGAUUUCUCGCGCGCGCGCGCGCGCGCGUCCGUUACUUGUCGACGGCGACGGCGAGCGCAACUGAAGAUAUCCGAACGUGAGAACGGGUAAGGAAAUCUUUAUCGAACAAUUUGCGCGCACCCACCCUUGUCGUCCAUCGGCGAUUAGGCAUACGGGCCGUCGCUUAUCGCGAACAGCAGAUAACGUCCAUGGACUCAAAACUGACGAUUCUUCCGUACUUCGUAUUCUUCCGUCACCGCGCAUUACACUUAUCUGUUGUAAAUCGUCGACAUGUUCGACGUCGCGGGCAGUCACGGUCAAGCAGGUUGCUCGACGACCUUGAAGAACUUUUCUUCUGUUCUUGAAACAGCGAUCGCUUCUUUCGGAGAGACGAAAACUUACCUGCAGCGAUUCGUCGAUGGUCGGGGAUAGUGGUCACUUUUUUUUUUU